CCCCGCGCCUCUUUCCCCGGCCGGCCGGGCUCCGUCGGAGGCUCGUCGGGCGGUCGUCGGGUCGUCGAGGGCCGCGGGUGCGCCGGGCCAGCAUGGUGGAGAAGCGCUGCCCGCGGCUGCAGCGCGAGAGCGUCUACCGCUGGUUCUCGGAGCUGCCGUCCCCGCAGCGGGUGGAGUUCCUGUGCGGCCUGCUGGACCUGUGCAUCCCGCUGGAGCUGCGCUUCCUGGGCGCCUGCCUGGAGGACCUGGCCCGCAAGGACUACCACUCGCUGCGCGACUCGGAGAUCAAGGCCAACAACGCGGCCGACCUGGGCGGCCUGACCAACCUGACGGACGAGGUGGUGCGCAGCAAGCUGCUGGUCUCGCUGGCGCUGCUGGGCUCGUCGCACCGCGAGGCGGCCGGCGUGCUCUUCCGCACCCUCACGCACCUCGACUCGGUCAUCCACAACUACGGGCUGCAGCUCAACGAGGGCCGCACCGGCGAUGAGUUCCUGCUGCUCUUCACCAUGGCCUCCAACCACCCGGCCUUCAGCUUCCACCAGAAGCAGGUGCUCAGGCAGGAGCUCACCAAGAUCCAGAGCCUCCUGGCCUGCACCGCCAAGGGGCCCCCCGCCGCUGCCGCUGCCUCCGCCGCCACCACCACAGCGGGAGCGGCCGCCACCACCUGUCCCGGGUGCCACAAGGUCACUCCGAGAUCUGAGACCCCCAUAAACCACGUGGUGGGUAACAGUUUAGAGAACGCACUCCACACAUCAGCACAUUCCAUUGAGGAGUCAUUGCCUAAGAGGCCUUCAGGGAAGCACUCCAAAGUAAGCGUCGAAAAGGUGGAAUUAAAGGGAUUGUCACACAAGAAGAAUGAUAGGAUUGUUGAAUAUUCUUUUGAGGUCUUAUGGUCUGAUUCUUCAGUGACAGUGGUAAAAAAGUCUUCUGCCGAAGUGACUGAUUUCAUUUCAAAGUUAGGUCAGUUGUGUCCAGAAGAAAAUUUGGAGAAAUUCAUUCCUUUUCUAGCUGGUCCAGAAUCAUUUUACUUAGAAAGAAGCCAUAUGGACUUGGAAUCAGACCUUAGGUAUUUGGCAUCCUUACCGUCCCACAUCUGGAAAAAUGACCACGUCAAGAAAUUUUUCAGCACUUCAUGUCACUCCCCACAAUAUCUGAGUUCAAGUCCUGGCAAUUCUUCCCUUUACAAAGUGGGUACGACGCUGGGUGCUUCUGGAAGGCCCAUCUGUGGGGUUGCAGGUGUCCAGGCCGCCCAGAACACUCUUCAGCAUCACCUGCCUCAUCCGUCCGCGGCAGCCGUUGCCCUCUCCCACUGCUCUCAUUCAGGUGGGGCCGGGCCUACGUUAGCAUGUAGCCGCAGCCAGAGAGAAAACCCUCCCCCUGUUUUAAUGUCUCCAAGCCCACAAAACCCCCAGGCCCAGGAGCAAAACGGAAUUUUAGAUUGGCUGCGGAAACUGCGGUUGCACAAAUACUAUCCGGUUUUUAAACAGUUGACGAUGGAGAAGUUCUUGAGCCUCACCGAAGAAGAUCUUAAUAAGUUUGAAACACUCACCAUGGGAGCGAAGAAGAAACUCAAGACGCAGCUGGAAUUGGAAAAAGAAAAGUCAGAGAAGCGGACCAUGAACCCAGCCCCCUCCCCACCGGUCAGCUCUGGGGUGGCCAGAGUUCCUCCCACCACUCACAUCAACCCCAUACAGAGCAUUCGUGGGAACCAUGCCACAGAACUGCACGUGGACGUGGAUCAGGCCGUCUCCACCACGCCCCCCCGGGAAGGCAGUUCCUCGGAGUCCUCCAGCUCGUCCUCCAGCCCCAUGGGCAUGCAGCCCCGGGAAGAAAGCUCGGACAGCGCCGAGGAGAACGAGAGGCGUGUGGAGAUCCACCCGGAGCCCUCGGAGAAGGAGAAGCCGGUCAUGAUCCUGAAUCACUUCGGCUCCAGCUCGGCCCGGCCCACCGCUCAGGUUUUGCCCGUACAGAACGAGUCGGGCUCUAGUCCGGCGGCUCACCACUCCUUGCCAGGGCAGAUGACGGCCACUCCGAUCCGAAUAUUAAACUCUAUGCACAAACCCGAGCGCGGAAAUGCGGACCUGAAGCUCCUUUCUUCGCCUAUGCACUCGCUUUUACCUUUGGAGGAGAGGACGAAGUUCCCCGGCGGGCCCGCUCAGAACAGCGUCAAGAUGGAGAAGAGCUUUGGAAACACCCUGGCGGAUCGGAUCCCGGUGCCUCCACAUCAGCCCCUGCAGGUGCUCUCGGCGGUCCCUGAAAACGGCCCCUCCACGCCUUCCAUCCAUUUCGGCCUCCGAUCCAAAUUGGUCCACGCGCCCGCCCUGGACCGAAUGGCGAAACCACCCCAGCCCCCGGGUAUCCUGGUGGAAACCAGCACCACGGCCACCGUCACCUCAAGCACGGUCUUCCACAUGGCACGCCCCCCCAUCAAGCUGCUGGUCUCCUCAUCCGUGCCCACCGAUGCCACCCUGGCGGGGCAGCCGUCCUGCUCCAACAGUAUGCAAUUCAGCGUCUCCCCAGCAAUAAUCAGCCCCCGGACAGCUCUGUACACCGCCAACACCAAAGUGGCCUUUUCCGCCAUGAGCGGCAUGCCGGUGGCCCCCAUGCCCAGUAGCACCUUCUGCGCAAACAGCAACCCCGCCGCGUCUUCCAGCAGCCACCUCGCCACCUCCUUCGCCAACAUGGGCAGCCUGCCCAGCUGCCCCCCUCCCAGCUCCAGCCCCACGCUCUCCUCGGCCGCGGAGAACAGCUUCUACGGUGGGGGCGGCUCUGCGGGGAACAUGCCCGUCCCCAACCAGAACAAUCACCACCACCACCACCACCAGCAUCAGCAGCCGCCUGGCUGCAUGGUCUGCAGUUCCUGCGGCUGCAGCGGGAACUGCGGCUCCAGCGGCAUGACUGUGAGCUACACGAACUACUUCCAGCAUCCCUUUUCAGGGCCGUCCAUGUUUACGUUCCCCUUCCUGCCCUUCAACCCUCUGUGCAGCAACGGCUACGUCAACCCCCAGCAGUACAGCAGCAGCUCGGCCUUCCCCAUGGUCCACUCUCCGUACAGCGGCGGCCCCACGCCGGACUCCCUCAUGAGCGGACAGUCGGCCUUUGCGGUGCCCCCCAUGCAGAGCUUCAUGGCCGGCACCGCAGGGGUGUACCAGGCCCAGGGGAUGGUGAACAACAGCGGCGGCUCGGGACACAAGAAGCCCGGGAACCUCUCCUGCUACAACUGUGGAGCCAGCGGCCACCGAGCUCAAGACUGCAAGCAGCCACCGAUGGAUUUCAAUCGACAAGGUACAUUUCGGUUAAAAUACGCUCCCCCGGCUGAGAGUUUAGAGUCCACGGACUGAGAUUAACUUCAGAUGCAAUAUUUUGUGAUGGCAAAAUGGCCAUGAAAUAAUUAGGGAACUUCAGAUUGGGAGUCUAUCUGUUGAGCUUAUUAAUGUUAUUUUUUUAAUCCAAAGGUGCUCUACUUCAACCCUAGGAAGGAACUGAAACUUUAGGAGAGGGGGGCGGGGGGGUGGGGGUUUCCAAGCCCCCCCCUUUUUUUUCCUGAAUUGCCAAAACAGAUUUUAACGUUGGAUCUCCCCGAAGAUAGGCGGGACUGGCCAAACUCUCUUUUCUUGUUGUAUAGAAACUGCUGCACUUUUGCCGAAGAAUGUUGCCAUAAUUUCACCUUCCAUGCUGGAAAAUUAAACUCCUGGGCAGCUACGUUAUAACCUGGAGUUGGAGUGAGAGCUAAAAGGCCGGUGGUGCAACCGUUGCCAUUUCGCCCGCUGGACGCUCCGGAAGCUAGUUAAAACGUAUUAUCUCCUCUUUAAAUUUUCUUCCUCUCAAAAUAAAUCAGGCACUACACUCUGGGAUUUUUAAAGGGUUGCACUACGGAAGAAUGUAUAAUUCUGUUCUGACUAUCUGCACUUCUAGCGAACUGAGGUCAGGGGAAGAGAGAUUGGAAGCAGGCUACGUGGUCGUCUCAUAAAGGAAAACAAAACAAACGUAACCCUCUUUUUCUCCCCAAAGAACAGAGGUGAACGCUUCAUUCUGGAAACAGUUUUUAUGUACCACGUUGGUCAGGAAUUCCUCUUAAUGUAGGACUAACCAGCAGUGGAUUAAACUUAAGUCUCACAAGAGUCUAGUGCCAGAGACUCAGUGGUUUCUUUUUUUAAAAAAUUCUCUUCUACGAUUUAAGGAAGUGUUAACAAUUCAGCGGUUUCUGCCGUAGGAAAUAGUGUUCUGCAUCUGUAAUAAAUUUUAAAAUUCAGACUCUUCCAGGAAUUUGUUGGGUUUAGAAGGCGUCAAAAUACGAAGUACAGUAGCCUACCGUUCCGUUAUUUAGGAAAGUUUUAUAGUUUGCCUCUUUUCCAUUUGAUGUGGGCUAUAAAAAAAUUUUUUUUUUAGCUUUGGUAGCUAAGUAGCAACCAGUAAUGCUUAUCCAAAGGGGGCUGAAACAAUGUGGAUUUUUACCUCUCUAAGGGAGGCAAUGUUUUUUUUAUUUCAAAGAAUCCAUUCUCCCUGCUGCACUCCUUUGCUUCAUGAUCUGGGCUGCCUCAAUUCUUAGUCACGCAGGACAGGACUGGCUGGGUCUCCACAUUUUUUAAUGUGCUGCUUUAUAGUAGAAGAGAGCCCCCCCCCCCCUUCGGAACAGCAGGAGUGGCCGGGUCAAAAGUCUCUCUCUGCUUUCAGUAAAGCAGUGGCGAGUUCCCCUCCUGUGCUGGUUUAUUGCCUUGGACACUGGUCAAUUCCAACCGGCCUGCGUCUGACGUCCGUUAUUUCUAUGCAAUGGAGUAUUUCAGUUUCCAUCUCCUCACUUUUGGCUUCACCAAAACAGGGUUAAGUUAGAUGGGGGCGAGAUAGACUUAAGCUAGUUGAACGUUAUUCGCUCCGAACUCUGGGGUAGUAACGCGGCUGCGGUUAAAAUCAGUGUGCCGAGAUCGUAACGUGUACAAUUCAUUUUGUAGUUGCCCUGAAUGACGGAGGCUGCUGCUAUACAUGGUCACCUGUUAGGGAAAUAAGACUGUAUUCAAAGAUGAUGGGAAGUCAGCAACUUACGUGGCCUUAAUCUUGCCAUGAGUGGAAGCGACCUGCCUUGGUUAUUACAUCUUUCAUGUUUACUUUUAAAGCUGAAAAUAUCUUUAAUAGUCUGAAAUAUACGCUAAGAGCCAAAUGUCCAUUAAAAAGGAAUCCCUAUCAUCCCACAAGCUUAGCAGGCUAAAAACCUUACUGGUUUUCUUAAUUGGGAAGCCUCUAGGACAGUGGCUCCCAAACUUGGCAACUUUUAAGACUUGUGGAUUUCAAUUCCCAGAAUUCUCCAGCCAG